CCCUCUCUCUCUCUCUCUCUCCACACGCAGUCUUUUUCCAUACCACCCGGUCGUUCAUUGUUACCAUACACAUAAAUAAUAAUCAAAAACAAAACACUUCAAUUUAAUUCUCUUUUUUAUCUCAGUCUACACCAACAACAAGAAAAAAAUAGCAUUCCAUUCUCUCCUCUUCCUCCUCCUCUGCUUUCCCCUGUUCAUGGCCUUGCCUCAAGGCCUUCAAAAAUAACUAUCUUGUCCAACAUGACUCUUGUCUGGCGCCACCACCGGACCACCAUCGUCCGGCUUGACAUUGACUGGUCUUUUGUUCUCCGGUUUGGUGUUCUCCGCCGGUUCUUUCGCUUUCUCUGGGAUCAAUUACUCUCUUGCUCUUCACCUUCCCUUUGUGGUGCUCGGCUUCGCUACCAUCGUCUCAAACUAAAGUCUUGCUUUCAUGAGCCUCAGGUUGAUGAUGUCUCGGAGGCGGCCACUUUGGUCACCCCAGCCUCAUCUCACUUUUCCGGUGAUCUUUCCGACGUCUUGGCUCUCAAGGUUAGCCUUCUUGGUGAUUGCCACAUUGGAAAGACCAGCUUCAUGAAUAAGUAUGUUGGGGAGAUGAAUCAGGAUGAACAGAAGGGGUUGCAGAUGAAUGGAUUGAAUUUGAUGGAUAAGACUAUGGUGGUUAGAGGAGCUCGUAUUGUUUUUAGUAUUUGGGAUGUUGGAGGUGAUCAAAGAUGUGUUGAUCAUGUCCCUAUAGCUUGUAAAGAUGCAGUGGCUAUUCUUAUCAUGUUUGAUCUUACUACAAGGUCUACUCUUAAUAACUCUAUUAAUUGGUAUUUAAGAGCAAGAAAAUGGAACAAGACAGCAAUUCCUGUUCUAAUUGGGACAAAGUUUGAUGACUUUGUUCAGCUUCCACCUGAAAUGCAAUGGACAAUAGUAAAUGAGGCAAGAGCAAGUGCAAAGGCCAUGAAUGCAACACUGUUCUUCUCAAGUGCAACACAUAAUAUAAAUGUAAACAAGAUAUUCAAGUUCAUCACAGCCAAGCUCUUCAAUCUGCCAUGGAAUGUGGAGAGAAAUCUUACAAUUGGAGAGCCAAUUAUAGAUUUUUAAGCUCUGUUCUGUUUUUUUGGCAAAUGAGAGAGUGAGAGAGAGUUUGAGUUUGUACAUAGAGAUCACUAAGGACAUAUUUCAUAUAUAUAUAUAUAUAUAUAUGUAUGUCAAAAA